UGAACUUCGACUUGACCGUCACGAUCAGCACUAGACUGGUAUAACAGAUCAGAUCUAGACCUUGGUUCAACGUUCAGUCAUCAUGACGCCCGAGACGACUCUCCUUGAUUCCAUCGAGUGUUCGUAUCUGAUAGGCUGCUCUGAAAGACAGUCAGGCUUCUUGUCUUCUCCGUCAUGUUAAUGCCUGUUGUCGUCAUCACAGGCGCAUCCAGAGGUAUCGGUCUUGCAGUCACUCGUUCCUUACUCAAGGAGCAUAACGCUCAUGUCGUUACCAUAUCGCGGACUCGCACACCAGAGCUCAGCCAACUGAUUCAGGAACACGAGCGAUCAUUGCUGACUCUCGAGUGCGACAUCGCAAACGAACCCGCGCUCAAAAGCGCCAUAACCCGCGGCAAAGACCACUUUGGACAGAUAGACGGCCUAAUCCUCAACGCUGCUACUCUAGACCCCAUGGGGCGCAUUGACAACGCUGAUAUCACCCUAGAUGACUGGAAAAGCCAUUUCGACAUCAAUUUUUUCUCGCUCAUUACUGCUAUUAGGGCCUCUUUGCCUGGCUUGCGAGAAUCGAAGGGCAGGAUAAUUUUCGUAAGUACAGGAGCGGCUCUCAGAGGCAUGUCUGGAAGUGGAGCGUAUUGUGCUAGUAAAGCUGCUAUGAAUAGCCUGAGCAGAAUGCUCGCGAACGAAGAACCUUCGAUCGUGUCAUUGGCACUUGCGCCUGGAGGGGUCGACACUGCGAUGCAGGCUGUACUGCGGGAUACGGGAGCACAGCACAUGAAGGCGACCGAUCAUAAGAAUUUCAUCGAUGCCUACAAUAAAGGAAUCCUAGUCAAUCCACAUGACGUUGGAUAUGUCAUCGCUGCGCUCUCGUUACGCGCUCCUCUUUCGCUUACAGGGCAGUUCGUGAAGUGGGAUAAUGAGGAGUGUAGAGAAUUCCGGAGGAAAUGACCUGGUGGCAUAUUAGGUCGUGUCUAUCCACCAUAAAUCGUAUACUUCUAUAGACUAUUCGGAAGGUCGAGACAUGGUCAUCGAUGAAUCAAAUCAGGGGGGGGGGCAUGUAGAGCUGCUGUGUAGAUCAUCUGAAGGGCCAUUACAGAUAUCCCAUGAUCAAUGGGGUAGCUACAAAGACACUUUAAAUGAGCUCAACAAACUUUAAAGUUGCGGGACGUGUAUACAGGAGAUGUGAAC